AUGGGGUACCCGCUAAUUUUCCGGAUAGACCGGAUCUAUUACCCGGUUCUUGCUGCCGUCGGUGUCCCAGUGAACUUGGUGGCAAUUGUGAUCCUGUCACGAGGAAGGUGCGGUUUGUCCAAAUGCAUCACUCGCUACCUGAUGGCCAUGUCAACGGCGGAUCUGCUGGUGGUUAUUGUCGAAGUGAUAAUACGUCGAGUUAAUUCCAUAGACUGUUCGGUUUGGCUCACCGUCACUUUCACCUUCGAUCGAUUUGUAGCUAUUUGCUGCCGGAAACUGAAAGCACAUUUUUGCACCGGCAAAAUGGCGGCCUUGGUCUUGUCGUCAACUUUCAUCGUUGUCUGUUUGAAAAACAUUCCGUUCUACUUCAUACCCAAACCGAGUAAGGUGGUUAAUGGGGUUCUCUGGUUUUGUAAACUGAACCCCAGUUAUUACACUGAGCCCGGCUGGGUCGCAUUUGACAGAGACUGUUCGGUUUGGCUCACCGUCACUUUCACCUUCGAUCGAUUUGUAGCUAUUUGCUGCCGGAAACUGAAAGCACAUUUUUGCACCGGCAAAAUGGCGGCCUUGUUCUUGUCGUCAACAUGCAUCGUUGUCUGUUUGAAAAACAUCCCGUUCUACUUCAUAUCCAAACCGAAUGCCAAUAAUUAUACCGAUUCAGAAUUCAUCAUCAGUGCAAUCGGGUACAUGUUGCAGAAUUUGAGUUGCUGCACGAAUACGUUUAUUUACGGGGUGACCCAGUCCAGGUUCCGGGAGCAGUUCAUAAACGCACUGAAAUUCCCGGUGACAUCGGUCAAGCGCUUCAUCAAUGAACAAAGGAAUUGA